GGCGCUGUUGCUGCCAGUGCCGCUGUCAUGGCGUCCGAGGCGCUGGCUGAAGAGAACCCGCCGCGGUCUCCUUAGAGAAAGGGGCUGGCGGCUGGGUAUGGAGAGCGGCCCCGGGAGCCUGCAGCCGCUAGAACACAGGGUGGCCGCCGAGCCAGCGCUAGGGACAGGUUCUCCGCAGGAAGGGCAACCGGAGACCAGGCUCGCCGCUGGGGAUGGUCCUGGAGUAUGGGCGACGGAGAACAGCGGCGGGAAUGGGCAGGGGGCGGCGGCCGCCGGGAGGAGCCUUUUGGACUCGGUUUCUCCAGCCAGCUCUCCUCAGGUUCCCGGACCCUGCAGCUCUUGCCCGGGCUUGGACUUAAAGGAGAGUGAUUUGGAGAAUCCUGCUGCCCAGAAGACGCCUCCGAGAGGGCAGUACAAGGUGACCGCCUCCCCGGAGACAGCCGAGGCCGGAGCGGACCAUGGAUCGGGUCCGGCCGGAGACGCCGGCCCCCGCCCGGAUCCCGCCGGCACCUGCGGGACAGAGUUGGCGGCCGCCGGGUCCGAGGAGCCCAGCAGCGCCGGCGGCCUCAGCAGCAGUUGCAGCGACCCGAGCCCUCCUGGGGAAUCGCCGAGCCUGGACUCCCUGGAGUCGUUCUCUAACCUGCAUUCUUUCCCCAGCAGCUCUGAGUUUAAUAGUGAGGAGGGAGCUGAGAACAGGGUCCCCGGGGAGGAGGAGGAGGAGGAGGGCGCCGGCGCGGGCGCGGCGGUGUUGCCUGGGGCAGUGCCUCUGUGCCGCGAAGAGGAGGAGGAGGGGGAGGAAGCUCAGGUACUGGCGGCCUCCAAGGAACGCUUCCCGGGACAGUCUGUCUAUCACAUCAAGUGGAUCCAGUGGAAGGAAGAGAACACACCCAUCAUCACUCAGAAUGAGAACGGACCCUGCCCUUUGCUGGCCAUCCUCAAUGUUUUGCUUCUGGCCUGGAAGGUGAAACUUCCACCGAUGAUGGAAAUCAUAACUGCUGAACAGCUGAUGGAAUAUUUAGGAGAUUACAUGCUUGAUGCAAAGCCGAAAGAAAUUUCAGAAAUUCAACGUUUAAACUAUGAGCAGAAUAUGAGUGAUGCUAUGGCAAUCUUGCACAAACUACAGACAGGCUUGGAUGUAAAUGUAAAAUUCACUGGUGUUCGAGUAUUUGAAUAUACACCGGAAUGCAUUGUAUUUGAUCUUCUUGAUAUUCCUUUAUACCAUGGGUGGUUAGUGGAUCCACAGAUUGAUGACAUUGUAAAAGCUGUUGGUAACUGCAGCUACAACCAACUAGUGGAGAAGAUCAUCUCUUGUAAGCAGUCAGACAAUAGUGAGCUCGUUAGUGAAGGCUUUGUAGCUGAGCAGUUUCUAAAUAACACAGCCACUCAACUGACAUACCAUGGAUUAUGUGAACUAACUUCAACGGUUCAGGAAGGAGAACUUUGUGUGUUCUUUCGGAAUAAUCAUUUUAGCACCAUGACCAAAUACAAGGGUCUCCUGUAUUUGCUGGUAACAGACCAGGGGUUUCUUACUGAAGAAAAAGUUGUUUGGGAAAGCCUACACAAUGUGGAUGGUGAUGGAAAUUUCUGUGACUCAGAAUUUCAUCUGCGGCCUCCUUCAGAUCCUGAAACUGUAUAUAGAGGACAGCAAGAUCAGAUAGAUCAGGACUACCUUAUGGCAUUAUCUCUACAACAAGAACAGCAGAGCCAAGAGAUCAAUUGGGAACAAAUACCUGAAGGAAUCAGUGAUUUGGAACUAGCAAAGAAACUCCAAGAAGAAGAGGAUAGACGGGCUUCUCAAUAUUAUCAGGAGCAGGAACAAGCAGCAGCCGCUGCUGCUUCUGCUUCUACACAGGCCCAGCAAAGCCAGCCAGCACAAGCCUCUCCAAGUAGAAGACAACCUGGGAAUAGUGAACGUAAACGAAAGGAACCUCGAGAAAAAGAUAAAGAGAAAGAAAAGGACAAAAAUAGCUGUGUCAUUUUGUAACAAGUGUUGGAUUCUGUUGGAUGCAUCUAUAUGUCUUGAGAAACAAAACCACAGGAGGAAAGGAAGAAAAACCGAUAAAUACCGUCUGUGCCUGAUUUCCCAAUGGAUUUUGUUCAUGUUUUUCAGGGGAAAGGUUGUUACUUAGUUACAAUCAGACUUUUUCAAGUCACACAGUACACUCUUUAUGAGCUGGAGUUUCAUGUUACAAGUUGGAAAUGCUGUGUGUUAUCAUUCAUGAAAAAUACUGCACUUGUAGCCAAAUAAGCAAAUCACAGCAAAUUUUGUGUCAUAGUGACAUUCAUAACUCAUAUCAGUUAGUAAGCUAUUUUAUCUUCUGUUCUAACAAUGAAUAGAGGUAACUUAUUUUGUCUGAUUCCUUCCUGAAAUCUAAAUAUUAGCACAAUAGUUUCUGAAAUUAAUUUUUACAAUGUUAAAUUAUGAUCUAAUUCAAGAGAAACCAGGGGUUUAAUAUAGGGAUGUAAAAAGAAAAAACAAAAACAAACAACAAAAGAACCAAGACAAAAAAUAACAGAAAUAAAUAGCCCUUAAUCCUGUAUUGGACUAGUUCAGCCCUUGAACAGCUUUACCUUUCUUUAGGAAUGUACAUUUUAGAUAUUAUCUUGAGAACUAAUAAUGGAGUUUGGGUUUAAUUUAGAUAGAAAAAACAAUUUGUAUUUCUUUUCCAAUAGCAAAGAAUUGCAUAACAAUAAUACUCAUUCUAUCAAAAUCAGAUAUUAAUGACUUUGUAGUGUUGUGAAAUUUUGAGGAAUUUUGAAAUCUUUAAUAUAGGUAACUUGUACUACAGUUACUAUUUAUUGACAGUGUGAUAACUGAGUAUAAGAAGGAAACCACAGUGGAUGCUAGGCCUUGUAAAUAUGGGUUUUAGAAAAGCAGAUAGUUCAGUGUCUACCUUUUUCUAGAAUUACCUUGAACCUUAAAAUUUAAAUCAUGUUUAUUUGCUGGAAAAUUAAGUAUACUUAUUAAAGCCAACAAAAAAGCACAUUUCGGAAAGGAAGUUAGAAAUAAUCUCUGAGACUAGUGAAAAGGCAUUAAUAAAAAUCUGUUUGAAAAAUAGAUAAGAUUUAGGAGGUAAAAGCAAUCAGAUUUUUUUUUAACUUAUGGGAACCAAAUAGACCUAUAACAUCUUGUAGUGUUUAUAGGAUUCAGAAAGAAAUAUUUAUUGAACUUUAUUAUGAGGCAACACAUUUUUUUCCUGUAUUUCUACUAUCCUUAAUAGUCCUUUUUAUAUGCUUUAUAUUUAAAAGUUUGUUUUAGUUAUUUUUGAAGAGACUAUUGCUGCUCCAAGUAGUUACGUGAUUUACAUUCUAAGCCUCAGUAAAUUUGUUUAAGAGUAUCUUAAUCUAACCUGAGCAUCCACUUGGAGAAUGUUCUUGGGGUCUAGGGUGACAAUAGACUACCAAAAAAUGUGGUCUAGAGUUCUUAAGCUAUGUCCUUAACAUUCUCCAUGAUCCAAGACCAUUUAUAGGAUGGGUCUAUAUGUAAAAAUAAAAAGUCUUAUUUAUGGAAGGAAUUAUUCUAAGGGAAAAAUCCAGGGUCAAGCUGUAUCUUUUAUGUCAUGUCCUUCUGUAUUGCAUGUGUAGUUAUGUUAUACCAUUUGUUUACUCCUUCAGAUUUCCCAUGCUAGCAUGAUAAAUCAUCCGAGAACCUGUUUGGGGUAUAAAGCUUUGAUAUAGAAUAUUUGGUGAGUCUCUAGUUAAUAACCUAGAAUAUGUGUACAUUGGUAAAGUAAUCAGAUGUACUACCGAAUUCUCUGUUGGCUCAAGCAGGUUGACCUUAGUCCAAGUUUACUCUUGAUACCACUCUAUUGGUUGAAGGAGGAAACUCAAACCUCAGGGUUUGUUUUUCCUAGAAUAGAUAGUAGUGACAGUGCACUAUAUUUUAAUAAGAAAAAGCAAAACAGCAAACCCUGAGAAAUUUAAAAAAGCAUAUUUGAGGCAUAUUUUUCCAUAAUUAUAUACUUAUCUAUUUAUUACCCUUGAGAAAUAUAUGUGUAAAAGUUAUUCUUCUGUUAUUUGUUACUAUCUUCUUAAUUUGUUCCAAAGAUAAUACUGCCAUUCUGCAUUCCCUCUGGAAGAAAAAAACUCACUCAAAACCAGCAGUGCUGCUAUCAGAUAAGUAGAUGUCAAUGUAUACUUAUAAAAAAAUAACUUAAAAAAUGUAAUGUGUUUGUUAAUUCAACCUUUUUUCUAUGUAAUAUUUCCAAGUCAAACUUUCUUACAUUCCUGGACUUCAGUUUGAUAUACCAAGAGUAAUAAUGAUAAAAUGUUUGCUUUGAUUACUGUGAGGAAAAAAUCAAAUGUUAGUUCUAUUAAAACAAACUUCUUGGAGAUAACUGGUUUUCCAUCCUUGAAGGUUAGAGCUAUUGUGUCUUUAUUUUCUUAUAUUUUGCUCAAGGCAACAAAUUAUACAUUCAGACGUUUCAUUGCUGGUUUGGGUACAUUGGAAUUUGAUAGUAGUAUAGUCAAGUCUUUCCUUCAGUGUUUUGUAGUACUUGAAAAUUGUUACAUGAAUUGCUAACAAGAUAGAACUUAAACAUUUUUGUUGUUAAUCUUUAUAGGCUAGAUUAGGGACACGUUUGCAUCAACCAGUCGCUGUUAGAUUUAGCAAAAGAGACAUGAAUGAGUGAAUAUAUGGUCACUACACUUUCUUGUAUUUUCAAAAGCUAUUCCUUAAGUUUAGUGACCAGUCUUCCUUACGAAUAUGAAAAUUGUCCUGAUGUGUAAUCCCAUUGAAUUAACAAUGCUGUGAUUUACAAUAGGUUAUCAACACUUAGAAGUAUUUGUGUGUGUUUAUCUGUGUGUUUCUGAAGCAAGGAUCCGUUGAUUUUUAUUAACAAAAGAAUCUGGGAACUUUCCCUCAAAUUUAAGAAUUACCAUUUAAGAAUACACACACAUACAUAUGUACAUACAUAGAGUAAGCAGUAAAAACAGGCAGCUAAAAUUGGCAUUGGCUGCUUAGGGGUCUGGUGUGCUUAGGGGAAGUAACUUCUUCCAUGUUUCAAGGUGUCAUUUAGCAGUGGAAUGAGGCAUAGAUUUAAGUUUAGGAUUAGGUUUUGGAAUAUAUUUUGUUUUAGUGUCUCAUAUUUCUAGUAUUUGACAUUUUAUCCCAUAUUAUGUUUCAAAUUCUUCCUCAUACUUCCUGAUCUUAGCUUAAUCAAACAAGUCAGUAUCAGAGAUUAGUUGACUGAACCAUUAACCAUUAACCAUUUUGUACUUGCACAAAACCAGAGUACUUCGUUUUUACUGAAUCACCAGCUCAGGUCACUAAGAAAGAUCUUGAGAGGAAAGAGGACUCGAAGUCAAAUAGACAUUUAAGGAAAGAAUUGUUAUAGUUCCUGUAUUAAUGUUGGCAUAUGAAGUGGAUAUCUGUAAAGUCCUACUGGAGAAAUAUUCAAGGCAAGAAUUUCCAGAAUUAUCCUCAAACUCAUUUAUUUAAAAAAAAUUCUUUUAAGCAAAAAAAGCAAAUUGAUUAUUACAUUUCAUUUAAUGUCCUAUUAAAUAUACAAGUUAUUUUAAAAUAUAAUGGAAAACUUAACAGGCUUUACCUAUCAUACAACACUUGGGCAUACAACUUAAACUAUCACUGUAAACUUAGUAAUGCUUGAUAAAAUAAGAUGGAGGCAUUAAAAAUAGUACAAAAUUUGUAUUUUAAGGAAAUACAGACGGGGAAAUGUGGAAGUCUGAACUGUUUUAGGUCUAACAAAAUCUAAAUUUUAUCUUUCCAGGGGCAAACUUUCUGUGCCUCACUUUAUUUUAAAUAUGUAAAAGAUGCUCAUUUUUUUAGUGCUUUAUACUCCUGAAUAAAGAACAUAGUAUAAGCUCAGAAUAUUACUUAAAAAAUAAUAAAUAUUAUAGUUUUUGUUCUUGAGUGUAGAGAUCUUUUUCCCAAUGACGCUAUUUCUUAAAAGUCAGUUUUUUUAAUGCUGUUAAAAUUUGUAGAAUUAUCUUGUCUUUGAGUAUGGCAUAAUCUCUUCCCAAAGUGUAUUUUAUGGUUGCUUUUGUGUUCUAAUCAAAGUUGAGAGUAUUUUGAGAGUUUAAGAAGCAUUUAAAGUCUAUUUUUCCCAGUAUCUUUCAUGUAUCUAAAUAUUUUAGAUUCUCUUUGCCUUUUUCUCCAUGGAACAAAGUACAGUGGUAUCAAGUUACUAAUGCAUAUAUGUAAAGUUUUGCGCAUGGAUGGAAUUCAUUUAGGUCUGUUAAAUACUGUCAUUUUUAGGGCUAUUUGAAUUAUUUCUGUUUUUAGUGUAAAAUGUUAUUUGAUAAUGUGCAGAUAAAUUCCUUUUAGAAAAAGUGACUAAAAAUCAGAAUUCUUCGGUUCUCUGAGAAUAUAGUGGUUUUUUAUUUUGUCUUUUCUUUUUUUUACUGAUAUCCAAUAUUUCCGUAGCUGCUGAGAAAAUCUUAUGAAGAACUGAGGUUACUUUUUUCAAGUAACACUUUAAAACAAACUGAAGUUUAAAAUCGAAGCCUUCUUGGCCAAAAAACUGCAAAACAGAGAAAAUGGAGUCUGAGGGACAGAUGCAGGAUCCAAGUAAUUUUAACUUCUUUUGAAGAUCUAUCUAAAUUUUAAUGAACAAAUAUCUGUUACUUAAUUACCAGUAUCUCUGCUAUUAGAAAUUAGAGUUUAAUACAUUGUGAAUAUGUGUAUGUAUUUUUACAUAAAGUAUCCUAGUUUCUAAUUUCACUUUUCUGAUUAAAAAAGUUAAACUCAAAAAACUAGGUCAAAGUUUUCAACAAUAGCUGAACUAUUACCAAGUUCUGCUUUGUCCUAUUGUCCUGAGAUUUAGACUUCUCUUCUUAUAACUGGUAUUUUUGAGAACAUGGUACUAUCCCAGAUAAGGUAUUGAAAUACUAUGGCAGAAAUAUAAAACCUAAACUAUAAAUCACUAUAGAUUUAAAAGACAAAAAGCUCUAGUAUUAUUCUAUAAUGUGUACGUUUGAUAUUAAUUUUAAGAAUUUUUUUUGAAUCACUUAAUAAUGUCAUUAACUUAAAAAAUUUCAUAUCCUUCCUCACUGUAAUAUCCUGUAGUGAAAGAAUGCACAAAGCAAAACUCUUCUGAAGGUGAUCCUGGCUUCUUUGGGUCUAGUAGUCACACCUUUAAAUAGGAAGUCAGGAAACUGAAAUGCCCAUUUAAAUUCCCAAAUCAGUGACCUGUCCAAAUGGAUAUUAUCACUAAAAUACCACCAUAAAGUAGUUCUAACUAACAGUAUGUUUAAAAACUAAGACUGGCAUUUAAUCUUUGAAGAUGUCUGGUAUUCUCAAUUUUGUUAGUUUUUAUUCCUUUUUACAUCUUAGUUGUAUGAGGUAAUCAUUUUUUUCCAGAGUACAUGGGAUAUCAUAGCUUUACAGAUUUUUAAAGAUGGGGAUUUGAAAAAUGGUUUUUGUUAAAAAGCAAUUUUCCUCAAUAAAAUGACAACCACUGUUUUCACAGACCCACACAUGACAAGUAGGACAAUAUGAUAGAAGACUGAUGUAUGCUACACAACAGUCAGCAAAAGGGAUAAUCUUCACUUGGACCUGAAAGUCAUCUCCUAAAGUUAGUGCAUCUGAGUCUUUUUCCUUGAAUUGUGCAGAAUAAUUGGAUGUGGCCAGUUUCAGGGGGAAUAGCAAGUGAAAUAGUACCAUGACUACAGAGCAAGUGAUCUUGAAAUGCAGUAAGAAGAAAAAAAUUUUCUUCCUCCACUUUCAUGUCCUACUACUGGGGUCAGGAAGUUGCUAUGACAUAUCAUAGAUCUCUUGUGUUAGGCCAAGACUGGCCAAUUGAAAUAGAGUUCUUAAAGAGUUUAAAUAUAUAGUGUAUGAACACUUGUUCUUUCCUCCUCCUUUUCUUUGCUAUCUUAAUGCCCUUUCUACUUCUAAAUCAUUCAUUUUGCUCUAUGACCAGCUUUAAUUGCAAUUUGAGAGUAAUAGUGACCGUAGAGAUUGAUAUAAAACAGCAUUGAAAUACAUUUUUCAAAUGACACCUAAAAGUAUCUACCCAACUUAGAAUUGAACUGAAUUUCUAUGAAAGAAAAUUAAUUGGUUUUAAAUGCUAAUUAUGUUUAAACUAUUUAAUUAUAAAAACUAUGUCUUAAACAAGGUUUGAAAGUUUCACUUUUGGAGAAUAUUCCUUUUAAAAAGGCAUAGUGACCAUAGAUGGGAAAGUAUAAAAUAUUUCUGACAGAAUUAUUCAGUAUUAUUCAACAUUUAAUUUAAUGUUUGUUAUUGUACCACAAGGAUAGUGUCAUUCUUGGAUUAAAAUGUUGGAUUUUUUUGUUAAUGUACUUAAAACUGUAACCAGUGAUAACACCUUUAGUAUUUUUUAUUAUAGAUUAUAUUUUAUUUCAAUAAACUUUGAUAUUUAGACCAAA